AUGAAGCUCCGUUUUCCAAAAUUUAUCAUUUCACUACUUCUCGUGUUGCUAUUCUCAUUCUCUUCUUCAUCGAAACCCUUAGACCCGUUCCUGGGAAUCGCACCCCAAGAUUUAAAAUAUUUCAAGUCUCACGAUGUGAUUAGAUGUAAAGACGGAUCCGCGAAUUUCAACAAAGAGCAGCUCAAUGACGAUUUCUGUGAUUGCCCCGAUGGAACCGAUGAACCUGGUACAUCAGCGUGUCCGCGUGGGAAAUUUUAUUGUCAGAAUGCUGGGCAUGCUCCGGUGUAUCUGUUUUCGUCUCGAGUUAAUGAUGGAAUUUGCGAUUGCUGUGAUGGAAGUGAUGAAUAUGAUGGUCAAGCAAAGUGCCCAAAUACCUGUUGGGAGGCUGGGAAAGUUGCUCGAGAUAAGCUUAAAAAAAAGAUUGCCACAUAUCAAGAGGGUGUCAAACUGCGAAAGCAACAAAUUGAACAAGCGAAGUUAUCAAUGGAGAAGGAUGGUGCAGAGCUUUCUAAAUUGAAAAGCGAAGAAAGUAUACUUAAAGGGGUUGUGAAACAGCUAGAGGACCAUAAAGAACAAAUAGAGAAGAUAGAGGAGAAGGAGCGUCUACAGAAGGAAAAAGAAGAGAGGGAGAAGAAAGAGGCUGAGGAGAAGGCUAAUGAAAAAACAGUUAAAGCCGAUGAAGAAGACACAAAACAUGAAAAUGAAGCUGAAACGGAUUCGCACAUUGAAGACAAUACUGUGGCUAGUAAUCCUGAUAAAACUGAAGUUCAAGAGGAUUCUCUGGCUGAUCAGGGUGAAGCUGGGGAAAAGCUAGCCGACCCACUUGAUAAUUUUGUUGAAGCCACUGAUGCCCUUGGAAGUGAAGGAUCACCGCUUAAUAAAGUGGAGGAGAAUGCAAAAGAAGCUGAGAGAGAACCCACUGUUGAAUCUGAAAUUGAUUUGAUGACUGGAAAGACAGAGUCUUCUGGCGAAGCCAUCGAUACGGGUAAAGAUGUAUUUGAAAAUACUGAUGGAUUAUCAAAGGAAGAAUUGGGCAGGCUUGUUGCUUCUCGUUGGGUCAAAGAAGAUGUUGGUGCAAGAAGUGCUGAAGCUGACACUGCAUUAGACAAUGAGUAUCAGGAAGAUCUCCUACAUGGGACAACUAAUGGCGAGAGUGAAGGAUAUGCUUCUGAAACUGACGAUGAAAACCACAAAUAUGACGAAGAUGUAAAUGACGAUGAAUUUCAAGAUGAUGAUAACGACGACAUUAGUUCCUCAUACAAAUCUGACACUGAGACUGAACCGGACUUAUCAGAUGUUACCACAACAGACGAUCCUUCUUGGUUAGAGAAAAUACAGAAAUCUGUGUGGAAUAUUUUUCAGUCUGUCAAUAUAUUCCAGACACCUGUGAAUCAGUCAGAUGCUUCUCGUAUACGCAAGGAAUAUGACGAAUCAAGUACUAAGUUGUCUAAAAUACAGUCUAGAAUAUCGAGCCUGACGCAAAAGCAAAAACUUGAUUUUGGUCCAGCAAAGGAGUUUUAUUCAUUCUAUGGUCGUUGCUUUGAGAGCAAGCAGAACAAGUACACUUACAAAGUCUGCCCCUAUAAACAGGCUACUCAGGAGGAGGGUCAUUCCACCACUCGUUUGGGGAGCUGGGACAAAUUUGAGGAUUCGUACAAAGUAAUGGUGUUUUCUAAUGGUGAUAAAUGUUGGAACGGUCCUGAUAGGAGUUUGAAGGUCAAGCUAAAAUGUGGGCUGUCAAAUGAGAUUACUGAUGUAGAUGAACCAAGCCGUUGCGAGUACGUAGCUUUAUUAGCUACCCCGGCCCUUUGUCAGGAAGAAAAGCUGAAGGAAUUACAACACAAGCUAGACUUACUGAAUUCGGAACAACCAGAAAGCCAUGAUGAGUUGUGA